AUGCCAGCAAAAACAGCCAAAGGCCCCAUCGGCUUCGAUGUCUCCAUCUCGGAUCCGAAAGAACGCAUUCAGGCGUAUAUCGAUACGUAUAGGAAUGAUGAGGAGUAUGAGGGCUUCGAAUCCACCCUCAUGAAAUCCCUCCACAUCAUCUCCGCGUCCGUCUCCCUCCCCAACCCCAACCCCCCACAAGCAUCCUCAACCCUCGCAACAACAACCUUCGCCCUCCCCGUCGUGCCCGCGCUCUGCAACCCCAUGGGCAACAUGCACGGCGGCGCGGUCGCCACCCUCGCAGACAUGGCCACAACAAUGGCGACCGCCCCGCUCUCCCAGCGCGGCUUCUGGGAAUUCGGCGGCGUGUCGCGGACGUUGAGCGUUACGUAUCUCAAGCCUGUGAAGGUGGGUGGCGUGGUGGAGGUCGUUUGUGAGGUUAGGAGUAUUGGGAGGCGGCUUUCUGUGACGCAGUGUGUGGUGAGGGAGAAGGAGACGGGGGAGAUGUUGGCGCUUGCGGAGCAUGGGAAGAGUGCGUUGUUGGAUCAGACGUUUCCUCCGGUAAGGGGAAGAGGGGAUCGGAGUAAUCUUUGA